GCCUACCCUGGAUGCUGGUCGAGAUGACAAUACCUUGAUGCCCGCAGCCCUUAGCGCAAUUAUGAUCGCUGCAAUUCAAUAUAGAUUUCGGAAAGGGUCGUUUUCCGAUCAUACCGUCGCUCAGGGCGUUGUUUGGUUGAUGUCGGGGAAGAGGUAGUGACGAGGAUCACGAUGGUUUUUGUCGGGCACGUGAAUGUACUCAUUGCCUUUUUUUUCGAUUUUAUUUUUCCGAUUAUCCUAGUCGAGUUUGUAGCUAGCGAUUCUUUAUGGUUUCUGGGUUAGGUGUGCUGCGGACCCGGGAUGUGUUUGAGGUGGAAGGUUUUCGGUGAAGAGUAUUGAAGUUCGGCACACCACUGUGCUCGUGGAUUCGGAAUGAGGAAGUGACAUUGCUCUGCGCGCAGGAGUAAUUGUGUUGACUCGUCCUGUGUUGUGGGCCACGGCGUGGUUAUUGUAAUUUGGUAGUUUUUUUUUGUUGGGGAUAAUUAGUCGCCUUGACCAGGUUGAUCUCUGUGCGUUGACUGUCGUGCGUUGAUGAACUUGCGGAUGAUUUUCAGAAGCCGAGCAAGUUAUCAAUCGUCGGUGAUCAUCUUGCAUCGCAUAUCUUCAACAUCGCAAGGAGCACCCAGUCCAUAGCGUUUGGUAGAGAUGUCGAGCUCUUUAUUGCCUAAGAAUGUAGGGCGUACAGUUUGUUGCAGACCAGAUUUUGUCCGCUUGACGUAGCGGUAGUUUUGACAGCUCACAGAAUUGAACCUUGAUUUCAGUUGGCGUCAACGCACUGAGGAUUCUGCGAAAACAUAAAGAACUUGUCAUUGCCGAAGCAAUUUGCAUUUGACUUCCGUGUUCAGUUACAGUGCAAAUUCGCAGAAGUUGAUGCCCUUUAAAGGUCUUGUUUCUGCGAGUAUUCCUCUAGAUUCGAUGCUUUUGCAGACUUUCCUACUCUAACAUAUAAGGUGGAGCGCAUAUUCGGGAUGACCUCUUUGUCAACAGCAAUAAUAAUUUUCAACGCAAUGGUUUAGAAUUGCCCAUAGAAGCACUUUCAUUCGAUAAUUGUCUGUUUUGAGGGUUCAGCCUCUGGCUAGAGAUGGAAGAAGUCUUCGUGGCCAUUCUGAAGUCAUUUAUGAGUCAUUUUGGAGAGGUUUGAUUAUGGUUGCCUUUCUGCGUGAAGUGAGGAUGUCCUCUGAGGGGAAGCAGGAAAUGCGAACGCUCGAAUGCGUCGGUGCUCAACAGGCUCAAAAUUACUCCAUAGUCUUAUCUUGACUCGCUUUCGUGAAGACGGAGAAGUUCAACCACGUACAAAGAUCUAUAGCACGGCGUGAUUGGUAGCAGGGAAUACUUGCGCGCUUUCCGACGUGGGUAAUCUAAUUCAAUCGAGUCGAGAGGCCAAGGUUGUUUUUUAAGGACUGUAGUACUGUUGCAAUCUGGUAAUCUCUAGAGUGAUGUUCUCGUUAGUAUCCAGACUCGCCUCAAGAGGGUUGCACGAACACUGACGCUAACUAUCGUUUAAAAGCAGUAUUCAUAGAUUGAUAGUGCAAAAGUGGCGUUGAACUUAUAUCCUCUCAGGGUCUCUCCCACGGAAUAUUCUAUCCACCAAUUGAUUAGAAGCGAAUACUACACGUUUCUCGUCUGCUUUCGAUUCGUGAGGUUGAAGUUGAAGUUGAAGCUUCAUACUGUUUGAUUGAUAGAAAAAGUUGAUGGUCAUUCGGAGUUGAUAUAGAAUUUUCACUGUCAACCCCAGCCGUAACAGUGCGAAGUACCAUUGAGGCCACCAGUCUAAACGUCGUGACGAAAGCGGCAUGACGAAAGCGUGAUGUGAACUUCUUUUCAGUGUGCCCUCUAGGUUCUAACCUGAUUCGUGACUCGCCCCUUCCGAUAACAAAUUUGGGACGUUAAGAUGCCGCGUGGAAAAUUAUGCACUCAAGUUCUGGGAGCAGUCUAAUCGACAGGUUGCCGGUUCACUUGUUGUGUGCUCUUUUCGUUAGUUCAUGCCAGUAAGUUAAGGACUGAAGGCGAUUUGUAUUUUGCUGUUGCCGACAAGAAGAGUUUACAAACUUAUCGGCACACUAUCUGCUCGUCGUAUCGAGCUUGGCAUAGUAAAUUAGUUACAAGCUUUGUUUGACGAGCGAUCCUCUCAAAUCAAUUUUCUACAUGUCUUGGUGGCUUCAGGGCUUAGAGCUUCUAUAGUGCCGGUGGCAGUUCAAAUGCAAAUACGGGUAGGAGGAGGCUGGAUGAAAUGAGGAAGAAAAAGUUCGGGAUCUUAGAUGUCGAAUUUUUCACCAGGCUUUCUCUGGCGUUGCUCUUGUUACUAUUUUUAGCAGUCAAGGCCCAAGGGGCGAGUACCUUACUCCGAAGUCGCACCAUCACCACUACAGACCCCACACUGGUAUCUUCGAAUGGCGCCUUCACCCUAGGUUUCUUCCCUGCAUCCAAUGGCAGAGAUUACGGAUUUGGAAUUUGGUAUGCACAAUUGGCCCACGUUGUGAUCACUGUGGUAUGGAUGCCCCGCCGGGACAUCAGGCUGAGCAGGUUGGCAUACUUGCAGUUUUCUGAGGAUGGAACCCUUCGGCUAUUUGACCCCGUCUGGAGCGCUCUUUCUCCGGUCUGGACAGCGGGGAACAAUCCGUCGAUUGCGGAGGUUUUGGAACUGCACGAAUCGGGAAAUUUAAUGCUCCUGGAUGGAUCCAACACAGUGAUCUGGCAAAGCUUUGAUUCGCCGACUGAUACGUUGUUACCCGGUCAAGCUCUAUUCACCAAUAUGAGCCAGUCGCUGGUUUCAUGGCAAUCCGCGGAUGAUUGGUCUGAAGGAUAUUAUCUCUGCGGUUGGGUUUCAAUCGAAGGCACCUCAUUAACCUCCAUCUUAGCUUUGAGUUGGAAUGGCAAGAGUAUUGAGUCUUGGAACCAUACUUCAUGGUCAGCUAAUAAGUCUGUGACAGGAGGCGUCACACUUUUUCCUUACUUAUUCAAUUAUCCAGCUUCUGAUUACAUAUACCUGGAUCCAUACAAUGGUAGCUUUUACGCGGGGAAUAUUUCGGCGCAGUACUUAGUGAUGAGCAGCACAUCGCACAGUCCAGGUCCUCUUCGCCGUGUUACGCUUGAUCGAGACGGAGGGCUGCGCUUGUAUAGCUGGACCUUGGGCACAUCAACUCAAUGGGCUGUAGAAGGUAACUGGGUAAGCGAACCGUGUGGCGUCUAUGCUGAAUGUGGCCCCUAUGGUGUCUGCAGUCCUGAUCCUUUAUCCCCAGCAUACCUUGGAAAGUGCUCGUGUCCGCCGGACGACUUUGAAUUCAUCGACCCAAUGGAUCCAUUGAAAGGGUGCAAACCUAUAUUCGAAUUCCCUCUACAUUCGUGCAUCACCAAUACGAGUAAAAUUCGGCUUAAAAAAGUGGGUGACACUGACUAUCCUUUUGCCAACAGACUGUAUCCAUACAUCAACACAACAGAGUCAGCGUGCAUCCAAACUUGUUUGGACGACUGCCGAUGUGCAGGAGCUGUGUUCUGGAGACGUGAUGGAAGGUGCUAUAUUAAAUCCGGGCCUCUAUUUAACGGUGGGUAUCCCCAAGACGUGGGAAAUCACUCAGCCUACCUCAAGGUUUUGACCUCGCCUCUGAUUUCUCCUGGACGGAAGGACAACUUAAUUAGCAUUGUUUCUGGAAUUGUUUCCGGUGCGGUCAUCGUGGUUUUAGUCUUGGUUCUGAUCGCGUGGACAUGCUGGAAGAGGAGACGAGAGCGAUGCCAACCGAUGCUUACCGAUCAAUACCUUCUUGGACCCCGGAAAUUCUCGCUAAGAGAACUGAACAUCGCGACGAAGAACUUCAGCCAGAGUGAAUUGAUUGGGCGUGGUGGGAUGGGGUCUGUGUACAAGGGGACGUUGCGGCCUUCAGGCACCGUUGUUGCAGUCAAACGCAUCAGACACGAAUCUAAAGGUGGAGAGCAGGGAUUUCUAGCCGAGGCAUCUAGCAUCAGCCAGAUUCGCCACAGAAACCUUGUACAGUUGAAGGGGUGGUGUAUUGAAGAUAAUAAAUUCCUGCUAGUCUAUGACUACAUGCCAAACGGAAGCCUUGAUCAGUGGCUCUAUGAUGGGCGCAGCGAGGCAAGCCGAAGGCGUCAGAGAACCGGUAAAGAUCAGCUGCCAUGGAGCUUGCGGUACUCCAUUGUUACUGGCAUUGCCGCUGCAUUAGCAUAUCUUCAUGAGGAUUGGCAGCAGUGCGUGUUACACCGGGAUAUCAAAUCCAGCAAUGUGCUGCUGGAUGCCGAAUUUAACGCACAUCUAGGCGAUUUUGGACUGGCACGGCUUAUCGACCACCAGAAGGUAGAAAAGACCACUUUGAUGGCUGGCACUCUUGGCUACAUGGCACCUGAGAUGCCAUUUACUGGCAAAGCUACAAAAGAAACCGACGUCUAUAGUUUUGGCGUUCUGAUGCUCGAGGUAGUGUGUGGCAAGAAACCUGUGGAUUCUCAUUCAAACGACCUUGAUAUGGAGCCUCAGGAUGUCGUGCUAUUGCACAAAGUUUGGCGUGCUCACGAAGCGGGUGAUAUCUUGGCUGCUGUGGAUCCCCGACUGCGAAAAGAAUCUGAUAAAGUUGUGGCCUCUGAGAGGGCAGCGCCUAGAGCUUCCAGCUUGUCGCACAAUGGCCCAAAUGCUUCCGUUCGUACAAAUGGAGAUUCUUCAGAACCAAAAUAUGACAAGGAAGGGGUAGACCUCACAGAGGAACCCAUUCAUGGAGUCGAGGUCAUGGACCGCGAGAAGGAUGAGAAAAUGCGAACCCUCCACUUGGGCCUUUUGUGCUGCCUCCCAUAUCCUAACGCUAGACCAUCCAUGCGACUUGUUCACCAAAUCUUAACAGGCGAUGUCACUGCAAUUCCGUCGCUUCCAGGCGUGAAUCAGUUCACUUAUCUAGAUGUUCUCUCUGCGGUCCGUGGCGAACAUUAUCCUCAGCGUUUGGUCUCGGAGCAUAUAAACUCUGAUGUAAUAUCGACCCCCUCUUCUCUUUGAGUUUAACUGUCACGAAGUACUGCACACGCCGAUGUUCUAGACUUUGGGACCACGAUCGCUUAAAUCGGUUGCGUUGCAGUUAUUCCAGUAAAUCUAGACUAUGAAGUGAUUUUCAUCUUCAUCAUAGAAACUUUUAGUGUAAACAAGCGUCCCCAUGCGACGUUUUCAAACCCCUUUACAGGGAAUCUUAUCGUGGUCACACCAUUUUGCUCAACAUAGCUCUUAAAAAUGACCACAAUAGACCUAGGUUUUCAUGUUUGUAGGAAUUCGGAUCAAGGACUUUCUGAGAUCCAAGAUGCUAAGUGCCGAAUGGGCUCCAAAUCAGCACCUCGAAUCUCACAAAUCCCUUGGUCCCUGAGUGUACCUGACGCGAUCCUCAACAUCAUUUACUUUUGCCGCGCA